GCUGGAGGUAAAACUAGCAAACAAGAAGGACCUCAACACCCCUUUGACUGCCAACAAAUGAGGAUUGUCCUGCUGGGUAAAACAGGAGUGGGGAAAAGCGCAGUUGGCAACACCAUCCUGGGCAGGAAACAGUUUGAAUCUGCACUCAGAAGUGCUUCAGUCACCAGCCAAUGUCUAAAGCAACAUGCUAUAGUAUUUGACAGACCCAUGGCUGUUAUCGAUACCCCAGGCCUGUUUGACACUGAGCAGCCCAACAACGAAAUCCAGAAAGAGAUAGUGAAAUGUAUCCAGGUCUCCUCCCCAGGGCCACAUGCUUUCCUGUUGGUGAUGCAGCUCAACAGAUUCACUAAUGAGGAGAAGAUGUGUGUUGAAGCUCUGCAGGAGAUCUUUGGUGAAGAAGCAAAUAAAUUCAUGAUUGUCCUGUUCACCCGUGGAGAUGACCUCCAAAACCAGUCCAUUCAUGAAUUUGUCAGGGAUGCCAACUCACACCUGAAGGAGGUGAUCAGGAAAUGUGGGGGCAGAUACUGUGUCUUUGACAACAAGACAAUGUCUAAUAGGGACCAAGUGAAGGAACUGCUGGACAUGAUUGACAAGAUGAUGGCCCUGAAUGGAGACAACUUUUACACCCAGGAGAUGUAUGAGGAGGCAGAGGCAAAGAUCAGAGAGAAGGAGGAGGAGAUCAAGGAAGCAGCCAUAGAGAAGAAAAGACUCCAUCGAGAAAAACUAGAGAAAGAGCGAUUAGAGAGAGCAGAAAAACUUGCAGUACAGCUGAGAAGUGCGGUGGACCACGAGAUUGAAAAGAGGUUAUCUGUAAUCAGGAUGGAAUUUGAGCAGGAGCUGAAGGAAGCUAGAAUUAAGGCAGAGGAGUCUGAUCUCAAAUUGAGUUUCUCACAAAAACUCAAGAUGAAGGUUUCAAAAGCUUUCAGGAUUGUAAAGAAAUAAAUGGGUCAUAUUUCUGAAUACUCCUGAAUAUUCAGUAUUUCCGAGUAAAGCUGUAUACAUUUAAGAUUUUAAUUUCAAUGUUGUGUAAGUUCUGCUGACACU